GAGAGUCAGAUGCUUAACCAACUGCACCACUCAGGUGCCCUUAUAUGGCUUUCUUAUGAUACACCAGUCAUUGAAUUUAGGGCCCAUUGUAAUCUAGUAUGACCUCAUCUUAACUUGGUUACAUCCUCAACGACUGUUUUCAAAUAUGGUCAUAUUCACAGGUGCCAGAGGUUAGAAAUGAACAUAUUUUUUUGGGGGGACACAGUUAAAACUACAACAAUGAGACAUCUAAGUUCAGACAACAGAGAACCAACGCUAUUCUGUAUUAAUUUGUCAGUCUAUGAGACAACUCCCAUGGUCAAGCAGAUGGUUUAAAACUCUGUGGGAGAAUGCAUUGUCCUGAGUUUUAAUCAGCUUUGGAAAGAGAGAGUAGUAGAAGAAUGAAAGCCUAAGACCUGCCCAGUCUGUACUUUUUAUCUCAGCCUGACUUUCAUGCUGCCUUGAUAUUACUCUGUUGAUACCCUGGGCCUAGGCUAUUAUUCCUAUAGAAAUAAUGAUAAAGGGCAUAUAUUACCUCAAAAAAUGGGGGAAAGGUAAGAAUCAAAUUUUAAACUUUUUCUAAAGAAAUUCUAUGAUUCCUGCCACUGUCUCUGUCUCCUCUUCAGACCCCAUCCUAAAUGCCCAUACCUAAAUCAGCCUUCAGCCACUGUAGGGAUUUCUUGCAGUUUUUUUGUUUGUUUGCUUGUUUUUUAAUUUUUUGUUGGUAUUUGUUGUUAGGAAUAUAUUCUCUCCAUUUUCUGAUUUCUGUAGAGCUGAUUUUGGGACUCACCAUCUGCAUGGCAAUUGAUAAUCCUGCCGUAAUUUUUAAUCUGAAAUCUUAAUGUUUUAUUCACAGGGAGGAAUAUAAUUUUUUCAUCUAUAACUUGGAAGUAAAGUAAAAUAACGAAAUGAAGCCAGCAAAACAUCUGUUAGCCUCCAGUAAUAAAUUGGCAAAUGUUCCAGAAUUCACUUACAAGAAAGGACUAUUUAAUUUAUCAUUGUCACCUAAACCAAAGGAAAAACGUAGUGCAAAAUUAGUACGUGAUAAACUUGAACCAAUGGUCUUAGGAUCUCCACCAGUGGGGGAAUCCAUCAUAAGGUAUGCUUUGCCCAUUCCAUCAAGUAAGACAAAGGAGUUAAUAGCAGAAGAUGAAUUAAUCAGGAAAAUUACCAAACAUCUGAAGAUGAUUGUUUCUACUUUGGAAGAAACCUAUGGAUUUACCAUUCAAAAUGGAGAAAAAUCAGUUCUGAAGCCUGAAAAUGAAGAAUUAACUUUAUCAGUUGGGGAUGAUCUGAAUUCAUUCUUGGUAUGUUGUUCACAAUUUGCCGCUCAGUUAGAAGAAGCAGCUAAGGAAGAACGUAAUAUUUUGGAAUCUCUUUUUAAGUGGUUUCAGCUACAGGUCAAUCAGAUGGAAGAGAUAAGUAAAGAUCAAACGUUUUUAGAGGCAGAUUUUCCAGCACCUGACAGAACAGUCACUUUAAGCAUUGCACAAGUAGUAAAGCAGGUGCAAAAACUAGAAGAACUGAAAAAUCGCCUUAAACAGUCUAGAUACACGGAAGCCACAUUGUCUAAAGCCAAGGAUAGUGAGAGUUCACCAGGAGCAGUACAUAGUUAUGAAGUUGUACAGCAGAAAAUCGAAGAAUUCAUAAAAACCCACUCAACUGAAGAAUUUGAAGAUGUUUCUGCCACUGAUCCACAAACUGCUUAUUCAUUGAUGAAUCGAUUGAAUGUCAUGUUGAAAAUAUUUGAAAAACAGUCAAAUAUGUUGGAGAGAGCUGUAAGUGAUCAAGAUUUGUUAGAGGCUAAAUACAAACAAAUGGAAAGUGAUUUUCAAGUAGUAUUAGAGGAGAAAUUGGGGCUGGAAAAUGAACUACAAAAGUUGAAGAAUACUGAGAAAACAAAGUCUACACAUGAUCGGACAAAGAAAACUAUAAAAACUGAGAAGAAAAAAGACAAAGGAAAACCUGAGGAUUCAGAAGAGAAGAAGUUUGUAGCGAAAGAGCUUAAAUUAAAAGGAGAUUUGCUUCAAGUCCAGCAAAUAGCACAUGCUCUGGAAAUUGAGAACAAAGUUCUUCAGGAACAACUGAAACAGGCUUUCCAGGAAGCUGAAAGAGCUAAGCUUCAACUUGACUAUUUCCUAAAUCAAGGGACAGGAUUACUUAAAAGUGAAGGGAAGACCAAGACAACAAUGGAAAUGGGUAUUAGUAAAAUGAAAGUUGAAGAUUCAAAAGAUAUACCAUUGGAGAAAGGAACAAGGAAAUCACUAGUUACAGAUUCAGGUGGUCAAAAGACAAAUUCUAAAAUCCAAGAGCAUCUACAGAUCUCAAGUGUCCCAAAUGGAAGCUCAAUUGACAAAAGCUCAGAGAAGAAAAGAGCUAGCUCUGCUAUUUCAGAUCUUUCACAGAUCCUAUCGUCUCAAGAUGGAUCAGCUUUUUUAAGGAGUUCAAAUGAAGGUUCAGCUGAUAAAGACCUAUCCCAUAUACUUCCAUUAAAGACCCAUGAUAAAUCAUUAACAAGACUAUUAUCAAACGAAGAAAUUGAAGAUUUACUGUCUGUCAAAACAUCACUUCAAGGGAAUGAAACAGCAACAUUCAUUUCACCUAAAAGAAAGCCAAUGGGUAGUGACAUCUCAAAGGCUGCUGUUGUAGAAGAGAAAUUACAAAGUAAGACUGAAAAACAAACUUACCAAGAAGCAAGAGAAUUUCAAGCCCUUGAUGAAAUACCAGAUGAAAAUCUUAUGCUUAAACAUCAAGAUUCAGUGUUAAAAACCCAAGUACAAUUAAAACAAAAAACUUCCAUGGAAGAAAUACUCAGUACUCAUUUUGGAGUACCAGAUGAAAAUCUAAUGCUUGUGAGUCAAGAUUCAGUUUCAAAACCCCAAAUGCAAGUAGAGAAACAAAUAACUUCCAGAAGUGAGAGACGCCAUACUUAUUUUGGUGCACCAGAUGAAAAUCUUAUGUUUGAAAAUCCAGAGUCAGCAUCAAAAUCCCAAGUGCAAGUAAAGAAACCAAUAACUUCCAAAGAGGGGAGACACAAAACUGAGAAAAUGGAUGAGAAAGCAGGUGAAAAUCUUUCACCUGAAGAUAAUAAAGUUUUAAUCUCAAAAGGCUCAUCUCAAAUUAAGACACUUGGAGCUGCCAGCAAAGCAGGAUUUAGUAUAGAUCAGGAUAUGGAUGAACUUUCAGAUUUUACACUUGAAGAUUUAGAACUCGCUUCAGGAUACAAAGAUCAACGUCAAGCAAGUGGAGUUUACCAAUCUCAAAGAUUGAGUGUUAAAAAUGAAGUGGCCUCAGAACUUCCAGAUACAGCAGAACUUCCAGCAGUAAAUCCAUCAAUUAGUGAUCUAAUACAUCAAUUAGAUUUAAACAAAGUCAUAGAAUGCAUGCAAAGGAAAUUUAAAAGGGAGACAAAAUACAUAGUCCCUUAAAAAAUCAACUGAACAUGAAAGAAGUCAGUAUCAGAGGAAAUGAGGAACAACAACAACAAAACAACAACUUGCAGUGACAGCAAUAAAUUCUUUCUUAUCAGUAAUUAAAUGUAAGUGGAUUAAAUUCUUCAAAUAAAAGGCAGAGGUUGGCAGAAUGGAUCAAAAACAUUAUCCAAAUAUAUGCUAUCCACAGAGGAUUCAUUAGAUCAAUGAAAUUGAGAAAAACUUAGAUUGAUGAAGAAAAAAGAAAGAAGACUCAAAUCACUAAAAUCUGAAUAAAGUAGGGAAGUUAAUACCAAUUUUAUAGGAAUAAAAAUCACUAUAGAACUUUACCUCAUUAAUCAAAUAAGAAAAAACAUAAUCUCAAUAAAUGAAUUAAAAUUUCUUUAUUUGGAAUUUGUAUCUUUAAAAAAUACAAAAGACUUUCAGCAACUUAAUAGUAAAUUAUUUUCAUUCAAUAUUGAGAAUGAGAUAUAAAUGUGUUUUAUCAUUAUUUUUACUCAUUACUGUCCUGGUUACCCUAGCUGUUAUAAUAAAUUAAGAAGAAAAGUUGUAAAAAUUCAAAGGGAGAGAGAAAACUCUCAGCUGCAGACAAUAUGACUGUGCAGUUAUCGCAAUCGAAAAGAAUCUGUAGUCUACACUGAACUCUGAAAAUUAUCAACUUGAUUUAUUAAGAUUACUGGAUAUAAGAUAAAACUAUAAAAAACCCAAUUUUAUGUCUAUAUACUAAGAAAACAAAAUUAACUGAAAUUCAACAACCCUUUGCUUCAUCAGAGAACUGAAGUCAUAGGGCAAACCAUGACUCCCAAACUAUACAGAUAGGUGAAAAAUGAGAAUCACAUCUUACUGAAAGCAAAAUCAAAACUGGAUCCAGCAACUAGUAAGAAAACUUAAAGUAUCAUUGAAUAAUUGCUGGCGACUGAACAUGAACUAGAUUGAGAGAUAAAAUGUUCUAGGACAUAGCCUUAUAUAAUAUCCCAACUUUUAUGAAAUUUUCCUCCAGGAGCCUUAUCAGGUAUCUAGGGUGAAUAAAAAGAAAAAGAAAAAGAAACCCAACUCAUGUUUACAACAUUGACAAAAGAAGAGAGAAAAUGGAAAGAAAAAGAAAGAGAGAGAGAAAUAAGUAACAAAUAUGGUAGCUAUUAAUCCAGGUAUAACAAUAAUCACUUUAAAUGUCAAUGGUUUAAAUAUACAGAUAAUGUCAGAGUUGAUUUAAACAACAACAACAACAACCCAACUACCUGUUGUUUAUAAUAAACACACAUUAGAUAUAAAGACACAUAGAUUGAAAAAUAAAGGGAUGGCAGGAUACGAGACGCCUGACUUUCUUCCUCCCACAGAUGGACUGCAUAUACAGCUAAACACAGAUCAGUUCCCUCUGAGAAAAACCCAGAAAUUAGUUGAGUGUCUCCUAUACAUUAGGCAACCAGUAAAAUACCCACAUUGAAAUGAUUAGGAAAACUUGAGACAUACUCAAUGCCAUAAGUCCCACCCCUGGAACAAGCCUUACAACUUGGAGGGAACACCCUAAAAGCAAGGGGUCUGGACCACAUACCUAGAAACCAAGUUUUAUGGCUGCCAGCCAGCUUCCCAGCUCCCAAAUUACUAGCUUGGAGAACCAGUGAGCCUCAGUAUUCAUAAGUCCUAAAGGCACAAAUUUUAAAAAGAGGACACCCGUUUUAUUUUAUUUAUUUUAUUUUAUUUUAUUAUUUUAUUUUAUUUUAUUUAUUUUAUAUUUGA